UAAUAAAAUAACAACAUUAACAACGGUAAUAUGGUCUGAUCAAAGACGAACAAGAUCAUCUUUUGGACUGCAGAUCCAUGGUGCUGGUAUUAUUCAACACCGCUGUAUGUAAAUGGUUAGCAACACAUCUUACAACGCACUUACGAAGAUCCAGCAUAAGAAGACGCUCCCGUUGACACGGAUAUCUCGAACUUUUCGGGCAAAUCAUUACGAAAAUGGAUUCUCCUGAGGACGUGCGAGUCGAUAAGGUCUCACUAGAUUCGUUUCCAAUCGAGGUGUUUCUUAUGAUCUGUGAUUACGUUGACGCUAACACGUUAAUACAGUCUUUGAUGUUUGUCAACAAGCAGUUCUAUGGCAUAAUCGGUGAUAAUUACUUGUGGAAGAGAAGAGCCUUGCGAAAAUAUAAUGGUUCUGACGUGGCUUUCAUGUUGACGGACAGUUACAAUGAAAACACCUUUAAUUGGAAACAAUUCGUUUGGCAUACUGAACUAGAAGAGGACUGUUGGAGCAACUAUGAGACAAAUACUACAAAUACUGUUUUCCGUGGUCCCCAUUUCUCUGAAGUUGAUGCUGUAAUCCUGACUAAAGACAGAGGCGAUCUAUGUUUAUCAGCUUCAAGGGAUCGUUCAAUAUGCUUGUGGAAUACGUUGGAUACAGUUACAAAUCCUGUGGUACACAAAUCAGAUAGUCAUACUGGCUGGAUAUGGGACUUGGAAACUUAUGAUGAAAAUAAUUUCUUAUCAUGUUCUUGGGACUCUAGUGUUAAAUUAUGGAAUUUGAGCAACUUUUCACAAGAUUCAGAGCCCUUGUUAACAUUUGCUGCUGACACAGCAGUUUUGUCAAUAACAAGCAAAAACAAUUUUAUUGCCGCUGGCCUUUAUACACCUAAAGUCAUUGCAUUUGAUCCUCGAGAACAUGAAAAACGUCUAUUUGAACUUAAUGCUCAUACAAGGAGUAUUAUUGACUUAUGUUUGGUUGAAGACAACUAUUUGGUAUCAUUAAGUGAAGACAAAACUUUGUCAAUUUGUGAUUUACGAACACAUUCAACUCUCAAAUCAUUGCAUUUAACUCAACGAGGAAGUAAAUUUCCAAUGUGUGCAUCCUACUACGACAAUGUACUGUUUAUUGGUGAUAGUAGAGAUUAUAUGCAUUGGAUGGAUUGUUCUAAUGGGAUGUUUGAUAUGCUUAAAACUAUGAAAUUAUUGAGACCUCAUGGGAAUGAUAGUCAAAGACGUUAUAAACUUAAUAGUAUUAAAUGUACUAAUUAUGGCAGUAUCAUCACUGGAGGAAAUGAAGGAGCCAUCUACAUUAUAACUCCAACAUGUCCUCCAAGAAUAAUAGCAAAAAUUAUUGACUGCGGUUCAGAAAUUACUUCAAUUGAUUAUCAAAAUAAUACGUUAGUUGUUGGAUACGUAAAUAGUGAUGUACAAGUAUGGAAAAAAAAAUAAUUAACAGUUACUAAUCGCAUUUGGAUAUCUUUCUCUAUUUGAUCAACGGUCAAGCUUCAGAGGAGUGAAUAAAAACUACAGGUUUCCAAGGCUGUUGAUGGUUGUGAUGAAGAUAUAGAUAUAGAAAUAUAUCAAAAACAUAACAAGAAACUUAUAUACUUUCAUUUAAAAAAAAUUGUUAUUUACAUUUAUAGAAAAAAUUAAGCAAUGAGCUCAAUAGGUACUUUUCUAAGGUUCUCUGGAAAUAAUUGAUAAUUUUUUUUUUUUUUUUUGGGUGUUUACGACCUCUAGGACCAUCCCAUCAUACAUUCAGCUUUCCAUUCCUCUAGUUCUGCUGCUCGUACCUUCCAAUCACUUCCUCCUAGUUCUUCCACGUUUCUUCACUACAUCCUCCCAUCUCAUUUUCAGUUUAAUUGAUAAUUAUAUAUGGAUUAAACAAUGUAUACAUUUUGUUACUAAUUAAUAUUUUUUUGACCUUAUAUAACUGUUUCAAUUUAGUUUUUCAAAUUCUACUAAUUAUUUUUUUAUUAAACAUUCUUGUUCCUUUGGGUUAUGGCUCAUAACUAGUCACUAAUAAGUAUUAAUAGAAUAUUUAAUGUAAUAAACUGAAAACAUUUAUGUGUUCUUCUAUGCUCUUUUAGUACUUGACUUACUAGCAAA